CGUACCUCCAAAUGAAUGCAUCGUACACAGAUCCUGACCUUCCUUCCCCGGUCGGCACUGAUUUCGACCACGACGCGUCUAUGGACUCUGAUCUAGACUCUGAGAUGGACGGCGAAAAUGCUGGAGCCGAGCAACGCGUAUCUGGCAUAGUGAAAUCAGAGAUAGAAGAUAUGGUUCUGUCCUUUCUCAGGCAGCUUGCGCACCGCAACUCGAACGCAGCGUCUGAGAAGAAUAGCAAACCCAAAGUUGUCCUCCAACUUGCCAAUCGCACAUCACAAACAGAGGGGCCUCAACAGAGGCAACUGGUCUACCCAAGGAAAUGCAACUCGGGCAGCGCUCGACCCUUUGCGCAAUUAUUUCGCGUUAUGGACAUUGCUCACGAAGCUGUCAUCGAUGAUAUUUCUUCCACGAAGCGCGACAUGUAUUACAAGGACGUGCCGCUCUUCGGAACGCAGAGGGUCGUUGACAACCUCGUCGAUGACCUGGCCGCCACUUUCGAAGUGGAACGAUCUGACCUCAACGUGCGAGCGACUUCGAAAGGCCUUGUCUGCGGCUCAAGUCUCUCCAUACAUCUACGUUCUGGCGAAGUCCUUCAGCCGAACGACAGCGACGGGACACUCAUACCUGUCGGCGAAGACAUCCAGUCAUUCUCACUUGUUCGAGCGAUCUCUUGGGUUCUUAUCGUGGAAAAAGACGCUGUCUUCCAAACUCUUUACCUUCGCUCGCCUCGAAGCUCUUCCCCGCUGAUACUUUCGCAGGGCAAAGGUUACCCUGACCUUGCUACUCGACAUUUGGUCAAGACCCUAUCUGACUGUCUGCAGGAUGUUCCCAUUCUCGCACUCGUCGACGCGGACGCAUACGGACUGGACAUCCUCUCCGUAUACAAGUACGGUAGUCGCAGCCUCAGGCACGAAGUUGGCAAGCUCGCCGCCGCUCGCAUGGAGUGGAUGGGCGUGAAGGGAAGCGAGUUGAAUGAGCUGGGUGUGCACGCCGACCACCUUCUACCAUUCACGAAGCAGGACGAGAAAAUGGCUCUGACGAUGCUACGACGGCCGGACCUUCCUCAGGAGUGGAGGAAAGAACUGUCGCGUAUGCUUUUCACUCGCCGAAAAGCCGAAAUUGAGGUCCUGUCAAAUAUCAAGGUGCCCCUUGCCCGAGAUACCUCUGCUAGCGACACCGACAACUCGAGCUUCUCUCAGAAUUGCUCCCUUUACGACUUCGACGGCAACCUCAUACCUUCUCCCGAAAUCUCCGUUGACGCCUCGCUGUUUCCUCAAGUAGCACAAUGCUCUGCGUCGGCGACACGAUCUUCGGCCCCUCUGAACCACCCUCUUGUGCACUACGUCGUUUUGAAAAUCCAGGCGGCUCUCGCGGGCUGACAUACUUUCUUGUUGUCUUACAUCUUUUGCUCUGAGCCUCGCUGUCUUCUUCUACUUGCACUAUCUGAUUCGUAAGUGAUGAUUGUUUGCGGCUGCAUUGUAUAGUAUGGAAUUCCGAGUAUGUAUUUUCUGUAAACCUAGAGGACUCCGUGGCCCUCGUUGGGCUUUC